CAGACCCGGCCCCAGCGUCAGGCUAGUUUGCCGCUGCGGUCCUUCACUGCCGGGGUCCCAGCCUUCUCGGGCCGGGGCCUCCGGCGCCGCGGCAGGACGGGGAGAAGAACUAUGGCGUCCUGCGUGGGGAGCAGGACUCUGAGCAAGGAUGAUGUGAACUACAGGAUGCAUUUCCGCAUGAUCAACGAGCAGCAAGUGGAGGACAUCACCAUAGACUUCUUCUACCGGCCGCACACCAUCACUCUGCUCAGCUUCACCAUCAUCAGCCUCAUGUACUUCGCCUUCACCAGGGAUGACUCUGUUCCUGAGGACAACAUCUGGAGAGGCAUCCUUUCCGUCAUCUUCUUCUUCCUCAUCAUCAGUGUGUUAGCGUUCCCCAAUGGCCCUUUUACUCGGCCCCAUCCAGCCUUAUGGCGAAUGGUUUUCGGCCUCAGUGUGCUCUACUUCCUCUUCUUGGUAUUCCUCCUGUUCCUGAACUUCGAGCAGGUUAAAUCCCUGAUGUAUUGGCUCGACCCCAAUCUCCGAUACGCCACCAGAGAAGCAGACAUCAUGGAGUAUGCUGUGAACUGUCAUGUGAUCACCUGGGAGAGAAUCGUUAGUCACUUUGAUAUAUUUGCUUUUGGGCAUUUCUGGGGCUGGGCCAUGAAGGCCUUGUUGAUCCGUAGUUAUGGGCUCUGCUGGACAAUCAGUAUCACCUGGGAGCUGACAGAGCUUUUCUUCAUGCAUCUUCUGCCCAACUUUGCUGAGUGCUGGUGGGACCAGGUCAUUCUGGACAUCCUGUUGUGUAAUGGUGGUGGAAUCUGGCUGGGCAUGGUCGUUUGCCGGUUUUUGGAGAUGAGGACUUACCACUGGGCAAGCUUCAAGGACAUCCAUACUACCACAGGGAAGAUCAAGCGUGCUGUGCUACAGUUCACCCCUGCCAGCUGGACUUACGUCAGGUGGUUUGACCCCAAGUCUUCCUUUCAGAGAGUGGCUGGUAUAUACCUUUUCAUGAUCAUCUGGCAGCUGACUGAGUUGAAUACCUUCUUCUUGAAGCACAUCUUUGUGUUCCAAGCCAGCCAUCCCUUAAGCUGGUGCAGAAUUCUCUUCAUCGGCUGCAUUACGGCUCCCACAGUGAGACAGUACUACGCCUACCUCACGGACACACAGUGCAAGCGUGUAGGGACACAGUGCUGGGUAUUUGGGGUCAUUGGUUUCCUGGAAGCCAUUGUUUGCAUCAAAUUUGGACAAGAUCUCUUCUCUAAGACCCAGAUACUCUACGUGGUACUUUGGCUUCUUUGUGUGGCCUUCACUACGUUCCUGUGUCUGUACGGCAUGGUUUGGUAUGCAGAGCACUAUGGACACCGGGAAAAGACCUAUUCAGAGUGCGAAGAUGGCACUUACAGUCCAGAGAUCUCUUGGUAUCACGGGAAAGGCUCAAAAGGUUCUGAGGACAGCCCACCGAAGCAUUCAAACAACAAUGAAAGCCAUUCUUCCAGAAGAAGGAACCGGCAUUCCAAGUCCAAAGUCACCAAUGGAGUUGGGAAGAAAUGAAGGAGGCGAGUUAAUGUCUGAUGUUCCAGAGUGCCUAGACCUGAGAGGAAAACAGCACAUUUGGACCUUCCUAUGCGGAGAUCAAAAUGUACAGAAAGAACAGAAGGAGCUUUGAGGAUCAUGAUUUGAGGGUAUAAGUCUCGUCUCCCAUCCACCUGGACACAACACUAGGUUGACCAUGGCUUGGGGUCCUUUGCCAACUGGAGGUGUUUCUUAACUUCAGCACGUGGCUUGCGUUCUCUGGUAGCAAUACAGUGUGCUGGAAGGACAGGAGAGCUGUUGCCCCCAGCUGCCAGCAGUGGCUAUGCUGGUGUGUCUUGUGGAUGUUGUAUAAAUGUCUUCAUUCAGAUGUUGACUUAACCGACUGGCUAAUGAACUGGUCACUGGGUUUUAUUUUUAUGAGUCUGCCUUUCCAUUUGAUUGAUUGUUUACAUUCAGUCAGUCUGCUUUUACUUAGUGUUUUCAAGUUAAAAUGCUUAAAAGCUUCCAGAAUCCACUGCUGAAACUGGGGGAGGUUCCUUCUUGAGAAACAAAGGGUAGAAGGAGCUUCUAUCCCUGCUUAGCAUACUCAGUCCCCAGCCACACGGCAGGUGACCAGCAGCCCCAGUGAAGAGGCUGCUGGCCCUGGAGACUCGGCUUUAGAUUAGAACUGUUUUGUUCCCUUCCGAAUACUGUCCAGACUGAGUGCACAAGAACGACCUUGCUAGAGGAGCUGGGACACGGGCUCUCCUGCCAGGUGCCUUUUCCGCGUGCUUGGUUUUCCUUCUGUGAUGUGUUGCCUACUUCAUCUUUCUGUCUCAUGUGAGGUGCUAGUGAGUAUUAACUAACCUUCAUCUGUGCCAUGCUCUACUAGAACAUUCUCCAGGUCUACCCUGGAUCCUUGUUUUAAAUAAAUCAGUUCACAUUAAAAAGUUCAUCAAAGAUCUGUCUUUGUUAGAACGAUGUUUCUUUGUAUCUUACUAGUCUUUCAACUCUUUGGAGCCGACUUCAUGUUUUACAGUAGACCUUAGGUUAUGUUUGUGUGCUCAAUAUGGUAAAGAAAGAAAAAGAAAAUAUAUUUUAAAAAUGCUUACACAUACCUGUCCUGUCUGAACCUUCCAAAGUGAUUCACCGGGAACGGAAGUGGAGCCAUUGCCUGUCACUGUACUCACCAGACAAGUGGCCUGUACAGAUACAGACUUGCUACAAACAACCCUUCCCUCAUUUCCCCAGCACAAUGAUUGCUCUGUCUUUUCCUCCUUAAAGGAAAUCCUUGAACUAUAAAAGUUAUGUUUUGUUUUUAUUUCUUUUUCUUUUUUCUUUUUUUGAAAAAAGAAUUUCCAGACGAGGGGUUUAAAUCAACCAUGAAAAGAAGCUAGGGUUACUGUCAUUGCUCUGGGUGACCACUUGAUUCAGAACCACCCACAGACUUGCUUGCUCGGCCAGCCACACGUGUUCUGAGAAGAGCAUCAGCAGCCACUAGUGCACACCAAGAGGCUAGGGCAGGCCACAGCUCUAAACUUUCCCAUAGUAUUCCGUGAGCCUGUUUGAAAGGGGACAGAGAGGCACCUGUCAUCCCUCAUCCCUCCUUUUGCACUUCUGGAAUUGAACUCAGGGCCUCCUGUGUGCUAGACAAGAGCUCUGCCACUGAGCCGUGGCCCUCUCCUCACAUUCCAUCAAGUAGGCUUUUGUGAACAUUGUGUUGACUUUUAAACGUUGCUUUGCCUCGCAGGUUUGUGAGCGUUUUAUUUCUUGACAACUUUGAUGAGCCCAAAAUUUUGUAUUGCUCUCAUAGGUUGUAUGAGCGUUUCCAAGUUGAUUUUCCAGGACAGCAGGGGCUAGGACUGUAGGACUCACCUAGCAGGUGGGCCAACCCCUCUGAAGAGGCACAGGCAUAAUUCCUAGAACCAGACAUUACGUUCCUGUAGAGCCAGUAGUGGACUCGAUAUUGCUGUGGAAUGUGCAAGAACCAAAGCACACGAGGCAUUGUUUCCUCUCUGGCUUUGUAGGAAACAGCUGGGAAAACCCUUAGAUACUUUCUAUGUACGCUGAGUUCAAACUUCCUUUUCACUUUGAGAAAGCGUUUUAGCUGCUGUAGUAACAAAACCAACAACUUUGCAUGGCUGUGCUGCCAUUUUCUUCCACACCAUACCACUCUGGACAUUGAUCCUAGGUUGAUGGUUUAGAAUAUAUGUUCCAGAGAAAUCCACGUAGUGAGUGGUGACUGUAAGUCAUCUCAUGAUCCUCUUGGCCGAUUGCUGUAAAGAUACCACUGCUCAGGGUAUAGAACAGGAAGGGAAUUUUGAGUGUCUUUCUCCCAAAGAGAGAGAGACUGCACUGAGUGCUAGAUUCUCUCUCCUUUUUGUCAUCCUUGGUCGUUUCAGGCCUCCCUUCCUUCACGUCCCUUUCACCAUUCAUAGAGGCCUUGCUCACCUGCUGUCCUGGCCAUGCUCAGAUGUUCACUGCCCCACUGAGCAGGUUAAUGAUACUCAGCAUCCAGUAAAUGCCUUGCUUUACUGCAACUGCCUCUGAAGUGAACUUGGAAAUCAAGCUGUCACCCUGGAAAAUAAAAUUAGUUCUAUCAAUUCCAGCUCUCUUGGUCCCUACUCAGAAACCACUUGCCUCAGAGCAUCCAAAGAAAUUAUACCCACUUUGCUAAGGCUUGCCUUUGGGAAUUUGGUUUCUAGAAUGUUUGCAGGUAAAUGGUACAUUUCCAGGCCUUCACAAAGUGACUAGAAAGGAGCCUGGGCAGAGGAAAAACAGCUUCUGACUGGAUGGAAAAUUAGAAAUUGGGCCUUUGGGAGUAGACCAUAGUGUACGCUCUAAACACUGGAUGCUUGGCACCCACUCGUUGUGCUCGGUGACUGUCAUGAGACUCCUGGGCUUACUACUGCUUAUCAGGUGAGUGUCACGUAAAUAUCUAGAAAUCCAGCAAGUGGACACUUGCACCUAUGUAUUUUCCGUUUCUGUGAUGGAAAAAGACCUCUGGUUCCUGCAUCUCAGCACCGAAUGGAACAUCUCCUUUCUUUACAUGCAUGCAGGUUUCCAUGACUAUAUUUAAGAUUUGGUUCUUUGCAGUCAGUAUUGGAAUGGCUGAUACUGGUAGGCCACAGUCUUACUGCUCAUCCCUAAUUAAUUGAUUUUCACAUCUCCCUUUAUCAUCUUCUGUUCUAAACCCGAUGAUAAGAUGGUCACAGGUAAAGAUUAUAAUAUAUUUUAAUCAGACUUUGGACUUUGAUGCAGUAAAUAAACACGGCUUUUAAAUUU